AUGAAAAAUGGCAUAACUCAUAGAGUUAAAGCAGGAAAAUCUGAAGAUGAUAAGAGACUCGCAUUCGUCAUUAAUAAAAACCAAGAAUAUGAGCGAAAACUGAGACCAGAAAUAAGGUCUUAUGAGCUAAGCUUUCACAGGAAACACAAAGAGAAGAUCUUGAAUUCUUACUUGCCUUAUGUGUUGGAAAGAGGAAAAGCCAUCAAAGAAGGUAACUUGGUUGCCAAGCUUCACAAACAUGAAUGUGAAGGUUAUUGGAAAAGAGAAGCUAUGAAUUUCAAUCACCCCAUAAGUUUCAAGACAAUUGCAAUUGAUUCUAAGCUUAAAAAGGAAAUAAUUGAUGAUUUGGACAAGUUUUUGAAUGGCAAAGAGUUCUAUGAAAAAACUGGGAGAGCUUGGAAAAGAGAGUACUUGCUUUAUGGUCCUCCAGGGACCGGCAAGUCUAGCCUCAUCACGGCCAUGGCCAAUUAUCUUAACUAUGAUAUCUAUGAUCUAGAUCUCGCUGGUGUAGAUGACAAUUUGGACUUGAAGAAUCUAAUGCUUCGGAUGAAUAACCUUUCCUUACUUGUUGUGGAAGAUAUUGAUUGCAGUAUAGAGCUGCAGAACAGAGAAGAAGGAGAAGAAAAUAAGGUAACACUUCCAGGGCUAUUGAAUGCAACAGAUGGUCUAUGGUCAUGCUGCAACGAGGAACGAAUCAUCGUGUUCACGACAAAUCAUAAAGAGAGGCUUGAUCCUACUCUUCCAAGGCCUGGAAGAAUGGACAUGCACAUUCACUUGUCAUACUGCACUUUCUCUGCUUUUAAACAAUUGGCAUUCAACUACCUUGGAAUCUCACAUCACAAUCUCUUUCAAGAGAUUGAAGGGCUCUUAGGAGAAGUGCGGGUUACUCCAGCAGAAAUUGCAGAAGAACUAACAAAAAAAGAUCAAUUUCAAAGAGCCCUUGCAAGAAUUUGUCAAUUUCUUGCAUAACAAGGUACUAAUGUCGGUGUCUUGGGAGAGUUCCUGUGACAGCCGAUCACAAGAAAGCCAAAGCUCGUUCGCACAUAAAGGCAGUAGACAGAGUUGGGUUGGCCGAGGCCGGAGGAGCAGAUAGGUGUCGGUAGUGUAAUUAACCUUAGUGCUAACGACCCUCUUCAAGAGCUUGUCAGCUUUCUUGAAUCACAAGAAACCAAUAAUGCUAUUCAUGAAUGUUGUUCAUGACUUGUGUAUGUAAGUUUUGAUUUUGGAGGUAAAAAAAUAGAGUAAUGCUACACAUCCAACUCUUUUUAUGAAUUAAGUCCAACCAAAUUAAAUAAUAAGACUUGAAAU